AUGGAUCCACGUUUGCAACGUUUAUUAAUGCAACAAAUGGGAGGUGGAAUGCCCAACGUGGGUGAUCAGCCUCUCCCCGAUACCGCAGAAACUGUAACCAUCAGUAGUUUAGCUCUUUUGAAAAUGUUAAAACAUGGUCGAGCAGGAGUUCCCAUGGAGGUCAUGGGUCUCAUGCUUGGAGAAUUUAUUGAUGAAUAUACAGUUCGUUGUAUUGAUGUCUUUGCCAUGCCUCAAAGUGGUACAGGUGUCAGUGUAGAAGCUGUAGAUCCUGUAUUUCAAACGAAAAUGUUAGAAUUAUUGAAACAAACAGGUAGACCUGAAAUGGUGGUUGGAUGGUAUCACUCUCACCCUGGUUUUGGAUGUUGGUUGAGUAGCGUGGAUAUUAAUACACAACAAUCCUUUGAAUCUUUAACAAAACGAUCAGUAGCUGUAGUGGUGGAUCCUAUUCAAUCAGUGAAGGGUAAAGUUGUGAUUGAUGCAUUCCGUACAAUUAAUCCUCAAUUGGCCAUGUUUGGUCAAGAACCUCGUCAAUCCACAAGUGUACAGGGACAUUUGAAUAAGCCAACUAUUCAAGCUUUAAUUCAUGGUUUAAAUCGUCAUUAUUAUUCAAUGCCAAUUUCAUAUCGUAAGAAUGAAUUGGAACAAGAAAUGUUAUUGCACGUCCAUAAAAAGACUUGGACAGAAGGUUUGAAAUUAGUAGAUUUUAAUGAACAUGAAAAGGAUACUGAAAAAGUAUUGAAGAGUAUGGUUGAAUUAGCAAAAACCUAUAACAAGAUGAUUCAAGAGGAAGGAAAGACUUCGAGAGAGCAAUAUCAAUUGGCCAAUGUUGGUAAAUUAGAUCCAAAGAGACAUUUGGAGAGUAGUGUCGAAACGUUGAUGGGCUCUAAUGUGAAUCAAACACUUGGCAUGAUGUUGAAUACUGUCAUUUUCUAA